AAGAGAGUGUGCCCUCCACAGGCAAUCUUUUUCUAUUUUCCCUUUAUCCUUGUACCUUUCAAUUCUUGUGCAUUAUGGAUUCUCUUGGCACCAGUGGCAAUGAAAUGCCAAUUAACCAUGUUGAGAUUCUCAAACACUCCAAUGAUAUAGAAGCAAAUGACAUGGAAGAAAACAAUAUUAAGUACUAUGAAAGGGAACAAUGUCUUGGGGCAGCAGUGUUUGGAGUCAAAACUGGGUUGUUCGUAACCACCUUUUUGAUGACUGCCAUUGAAGCUUUCAAUGAAAACAUCAUAGCCAUGCUUCUUGCUGGUUUCUUAGGACUAGUUGCUGGGGCUUGCAGCAUGCCAAUUGAAGAGUUUGUAUCUGUUGACACAGAGGUAGCUCAAAUGAAAGUCCACCAUAACGAACACAACGAAGUGGAGGAAGAUGAUAACCUUCUAAACCCUUUUCAAGCUUCCUUAGCAUCAGGAAUUGGAUUUUCUAUUGGUGGAAUGGUGUCAGUGCUAACAGCUGUUUUCAUAAGGGACUAUAAACUCAGGCUGCUAGUUAUUUCUGUGGCUAUGUUGGCAUUGUUGGUAUUUGGAGGGAUGAUAGCAGUACUUAGAAAAAGUAAACUAGUGAGAAGGAGUGGUGAUAGUGGUGAUAGUGGUGAUUGGAGGUUAGAUAACUAUGGCUAUUAUUUUUGGAUUUAAGGAAUUAAUUGGGUGUAGUAGACUUUGAAUGUGGUUACCAUAUAUACAUAGACAAAUAACUUCAGUUGUUUUCUCUUCCUUUGUUUUCUUUGUCUAGAUUGUGAAGGUAUUUUCUGUAUGAGAACAUGUCUAAUUGGGGUGCUAA